CCUUGUAUAUAUGCUUCGUCUUCUUGCUCACAUUCCUUCCAGCAUUAUUAUUCUUCGCUGCAAUCUAAGCAAGAAGAAUAUGUCUAUCAUACAAGACAAGAAACACGAAGAAGACAAAGGACAAUUAAUCAAUAAUGAGAAAUCCAUUAUGGGAGUUUAAUGGAGGCUCUCAGGUUGCUCAGCUCCUGUGCGUCAAUCCAGUGUCGGCUCCAAUUACCUGGUUGCAGACCAGGAUCUCGAAACACAACGACGAGCAGUGGGCCAUUUGGGAGCCGGUUGCAGGUGACACUUUCAUCAUCACCCCAAACAAGCGUCCUUCGAUUCUGUUUGGGUCAAUUCAAAGUCUGGUUUCAAAUUCCACUCAGCUUACGUGGUCGCAGAGCACAACGUCCGUCCCUUACCCCAUCCUGCCGAAGGAUUUCGACUGGCAGGCUAAUGCCUUUUCUUUUUUCAAGCUUUCAACUGUGCAUUUUGACGCAACGGCUCAAUAUUCUAAUUCGAGGCGCCCAUUUAAAAACGUACGAAGAGGACUCGCUGGCACUGCGUGGCGCCCUAUCCGUGUGCUCCAGUGCCACGUCGACCAGCCGGAUCAAGAUCGCGGGAAGAGUCUCUAUGAUGAAGAAUAUAUGCAGGGGGCAAUCACGUAUCAAUCGGCCUCCUUGCACGAUGUCCAGCACUUCCACCAUGGACUCAUCUUUAACAUACAUUGAUUUUCUCAAUGGAAGUUAUAUUUUUCGUGAGCAGAUCACCUCUAUGACACAAUGUCAUUUUAUGUACCAUGGUCUGCUGAUGUAGUCGCCACAAUGGUGGUCUUGGUGCGCGUGAUAUUGUGCAAAACUCUCUUUGGUAUUCUCAUGACUACACAGUCUUAUGAUU